CAAAUUGUUCGUCUUCACCUUCAUCGGAAUUAUCGAAAAAAGGUGCAGGUAUGGUUGGAUUUAUGUCUAGCUACGUUGAUCUUUCCAAUUUUAGGAUAAUUAGUUGUUUGCUUUUGUUACAGUAUUUGUUUUUCUACUAUUAAUAUAUUUUUGUAAAAGGGUUAUAUUAAAAGUGUUUAUUGAAUGGGAUUGAAUAGAUUAAGGUGAAAUUGUAAUGAUUUUGCCAUGUUUGAAGAGAAGUGAAUGGUUUUGAUAUGGUAAGAAAUAUAUUUAUGAUAAUGCGUGCAGAUACAGUGAUUCUGGAAAUUGAUGAAUAGAAAUGGGGAAUAGUCCUAGCGGCCCUCGUCUACUGGGAAAUGGAAAGUAUUCUUCUUACGAUAUUAAACUGGGCAAAGCGGCUACCAUUAGCGUCAAAAAUGAGGAAGGUCUUUUGAAAUCACGUUGGAAACUUGUGUACGACGUUGACGAAAUGGCAUGUACACUUUCCAUAGCAAAAUUGACCAACGAAAGAUCAGAAACUAUGGUAGGAACUGUUAUGAAGUCAAGGAGUUUUUCUAAAUUUCGUGAAUCAUUGAGGUGCGAGGUAGAAACGCAGAGUUGGACAUAUACGUGUGCAACCAUGGAAGGUCUUGUUGUUACGCAGAAGAAGAAGAAAAGCAACCAAGAACAACCCUACAUGAUUACCGUAGCGCAUUAUUACGUGAAUAGGGAUAGUGGUGAAAGUGGUGUAGACAUAGGUUUUUCAGUUGUGGUGAAGAUUGGAGUGGCUAAUGGGAAAUUAGAUUUUAGCGUAGAAGGCCCUGAGGAACACCCUUCUUUGGCAUUACUUUACAUGAUUGAAGAAGUGUGUCGAACUGGGACGUGGAAGCCUUCUGCAUGCCCUCAUUGCAACAAUAUCCAAUCGCAACAGCGUAGAUUGGUUUCUGAGAGUGAAGACAGCGACACCAAUCUUCCAACACCGCCAUCAUCUCAUGGAAGCCAACAAAAUGCAUCAAAUAAGGGACGCUUCAAAGGCGAUGGCAUCGGUAAUAUAAUUCAUGCAAAGGAAGUUAAAUUUAUUAAACAGUUUCAUAACAACGAUCAUUUGAGAAAAUAUGUGAGUGAAAGUCUUUAAUAAAAAUGACAGAUUUAAAUAUUACAUAAGAUGUAACACUCAUCAAUUCAUGUUAAGUUAUUGAUGAAAAAUUGUGUGAAAUAUCUUUAUGUGUAUUAGGUUAUAUCAUAUUAUAUAAUAUCUUCCUUGUCAAAAAUAUAAACACAUCAACAACUCUCA